AUGUCUAUUUCACCGAGCCUCUCAUCGAGACAGUGUCCAGAUCGUUACGCCUGUCGUGCGGGUCAGAACUUACCAGACAAGGAAUUUCGCUACCUUAGAACCGUUAUAGUUACGGUUGUGUUGACAACAUUAGUGUCAAAAUGCUAG